UCCAUUCUUGCCACCACUUGGUGGGCGUGUCUAGACGGCGGGAAAGGGCGUGGCCAAUCUUGAAGCGGGGGCAGAGGCCCGUUAACUGUUUGCGCAUGCGCACUGCCAAAGAGAGAACGCGGCACCAGAAACGAUGGAUAUUCAGCGCUCCCUUGAACUCCUGCAUAUGACCAUCUACUCCCAGAGCAUCUCACCUUGUGGCAAGUAUUUAGCAGCCGGGAACAACUAUGGAGAGAUUGCCAUAUUCAGCCUAUCAGCAGCACUGAGUUCAGAAGCCAAGGAAGAGAGCAAGAAGCCAGUGGUAUCCUUUGCAGCCCAUGAUGGUCCCAUCUAUGCCAUGGUUUCCACAGACCGGCAACUGUUAAGUGCUGGCAAUGGUGAAGUCAAGGCUUGGAACUGGAGUGAAAUCGUGAAGAAGGGUUGCAAAGAAGCUUGGAGUAAAAGGCCGCCUUAUGGGAGCAGCCUAGAGGUGCCAGAAAUCAACAGCCUUCAACUGAACCUCAAGGAUAAUAGUCUUCUAAUGGCCGGUGGAGAUUGUUCUAUUCACAUGAUGGAUCUAGAAUCUGGAGCCUUUACUCAUGAAUUUCAGGGCCACACUGAUUAUAUCCAUUGUCUGGCCCUUCGGGAGCAGCUCAGAGAGUGCUUGUCAGGAAGCGAGGAUGGCACUGUCCGCCUCUGGGAUUUACGUACUGGAAGUCAAGUUCAGUCCAUUGAAGUGCACAAACAUGAGGAAUGCAACCGGCCGCAAAAUGGGAAGUGGAUCCGUUGUCUAGCAACAGACUCUGACUGGAUGGUGUGUGGUGGGGGUCCAGCGCUCACGCUGUGGCACUUGCGGUCAGUCACACCUACUACGGUAUUUCCCUUGCCUCAGUGCCAGCAGCAAGUUAUGUUCUACCAGGACCUGAUUCUCUCUGCUGGCCACAGCCCAACUAUCAACCAUUUACAGAUCAGCGGGGAAGUGAAAGCCCAAAUCCCUUGCAUUCCACGUUGUGUCCAUUCUCUUUCCAUCAAUGAACAGUCACCUGAGCACAAGGUCUUGACUGCAGCUGGAAGUAGCCAUUGCAUUGACGUCUUCACCAACUUUGGUUACCGGGCCUUUUCCCUUGUUUUCACCUAGUGCUCGCUCUUCUUUCUCGUUUGUAGACAAUUGUGUAUUUUUUUUUUAAAUAAAUAAUUUGGUUUCGGAUAAAAA